GGGAACCGCGUCGCGCGAGAGGAUUUCGAGUGGGUCUACACUGACCAGCCCCACGCCAGCCGGCGCCAGGAGAUCCUGGCGGCCAAGUAGUACUCCAUCGUACGGAUGGAUGGUCCACAUUUCACUUGUGCGUUCGCCAGCUGGUAGACCGUGGGGCUGUUUUCACCUUUUGACACCGACGAAUAAUGCUGCGGUGAACACUCACAGCAAAGUAUCCAGAGAUAAAGUCCUUGAUGAAACCCGAUCCCAACUUGAUCUGGAUUAUAGUGCUGAUGGUUCUCACUCAGCUGGUUGCGUUUUACUUGGUGAAGGACCUGGAUUGGAAGUGGGUCCUGUUCUGGGCGUACGCCUUCGGCAGCUGCAUUAACCAUUCCAUGACCCUGGCUAUCCAUGAGGUCUCCCACAACAGCGCCUUCGGCAACAACCGAGCUCUGUGGAAUCGUUGGUUCGGAAUAUUUGCUAAUCUUCCCAUUGGUGUGCCAUACUCCGUUUCCUUUAAGAGGUAUCACAUGGACCAUCAUCGCUACCUUGGGGGUGAUGGCAUCGAUGUGGACAUUCCCACCGAUUUCGAAGGCUGGUUUUUCUGUACCACUUUCAGAAAGUUCGUGUGGGUUAUCCUUCAGCCUCUCUUUUAUGCUUUUCGACCUCUGUUCAUCAACCCCAAACCGAUUUCUUACCUGGAAGUGAUUAAUACUGUGAUCCAGAUCACCUUCGACAUUAUAGUUUACUACGUUUUUGGAAUUAGAUCUUUAGUCUACAUGUUGGCAGCAUCCUUACUCGGUCUAGGUUUGCAUCCGAUUUCUGGACAUUUUAUAGCUGAACAUUACAUGUUCUUAAAGGGACAUGAAACUUACUCGUAUUAUGGGCCUCUGAAUCUACUCACCUUCAACGUGGGUUACCACAACGAACACCAUGACUUCCCCAACGUUCCCGGGAAAAACCUCCCACUGGUGAGGAAGAUAGCGGCUGAGUACUAUGACAGCCUCCCUCACUACACCUCCUGGGUCAAAGUCCUGUACGACUUUGUGAUGGAUGAUACAGUGAGCCCCUACUCGAGAAUGAAGAGGCACCAGAAAGGCAAGGCAGCACUGGAGACCGCGAUGUUGAGAAGCCCCUCUUACGGUGUCUGCACGUGACCCCCGCGCCACCAGGAGCUUACCUGGCUGUCAACAGCCGGCCCGCCUGGCCGCCUUCAGCUGCGCUCACAGGAGACGUGUGUGCUGCGUCAUUGUGGGGGAAGUUUUCCCUGGUGUCUGAGGUUUUGUAAGCAUAUCAUAAAAAAGCUUUAAAAAAAGCUCUUUCUAGUAUGUUAUUUUCACUAUAAAGUUGUACUUUAUUAAAACAGCUAAUAAACUGAGCUAUUAAUCACGG